AUGGCAUCAACAUCAUCGUCCAUCUCGGUCUCGACGUUGCCCAGUUCAAUGACCUCAGACACAGACAACCUGCCUACAAUUCAAUUUACAAAUAUAGAAGCCCUCGCUAAGGCAGUCUACCAGAUCCGCGGCGGCUUUGACUGUGCUGUUAUUGAAGGUGUCUCUCCGACCGAUAUGGAGAAUCUCGUUCUCCGGGAAACAAACCCUUUUCGCAUACGCCAGUAUUAUUCCGAUAGAGCCAUUCUGAUUAUUUCAAUCCCUACCCACUUACAUGAAGCACUUCACCUCGGUCUCUACAAGGCGUUUAUAAAGCAGCUUUUUUUGACUAGACAAGAUGAAAGUUGGGCAGAAAUCGGAAGUGCCACCUUUGAAGGUCACCCUGGGGGUAAUAAUAAAGAAGGCGAUUCCAGCGGUGGUCCGACACCAGUACGUUACUUUAAAGGCGCUUGGCCGACACUCGUCAUCGAGGCUGGACUUUCUCAGACUUUGCCUCAGCUACAACUAGGUAUGCGCUGGUGGUUCUCAACAUCAGACCACCAAGUCAAGAUUGUGCUUCUCGUCAAAUUUGAUUAUACGAAUCAAAGUAUCCUUAUCGAAAGGUGGGAAGAAGAAGCAAUAAAUCCUCAGAGUCGCCCAGGAGCCACAACGACCGGACAAGUAACGAGGAGUAAUGCUCUCCAGCCACUAUUACGGCAAAGGAUUACUAUUACGCGGGAUGCGACUACAGAUUCAUACCAUGUCACUAGCGGUGCAUUGGAACUUUCUUUUCGCCUACUCUUUCUACGAGAUCCCGGUCCACAAGAAGGGGACUUCCUUAUAAGUGUUGAACAGUUGGAGAAUUAUGCACGAAAUGUUUGGCGUGUAGUUUGA